AUGUUGGUGUAAAUGUGAAUCACCCUCAAACUUUUUAAUACUCUGUAAGUCCAAUCAGUCUCUUAUGGGAACAAGUAUGUGUUUAUUAAUCUAUAAAUUUUAGUUAUUGAUAACAUUCUCGGUUGAACAUCGCUUUACUUUAAAAAUCUUCCAUGUUGCAAGGGUAAUGCAGCGCCAUAAUAAACAAAAUAAAAGGGGGCAACAUAACAAACAAAUAAAAAGAGGCAACAUUAAUAUACAGAAUCAACCACAACUUAGAGGGCAUCAUAUAUCUACAUAGACACACAUAUACACAUACAUAUAUACAUAUAUAUACGUAUACAUAGAGAGAGAGAGAGAUAUUAGAUAACAAGAGGUGCAAGUGGUGACCAUGGGUGUGCCUAACAUUUUGUGAGCGCUAAGAAGUUCACAAUUUCAUUUUGGUUGUCAAAGGCAUAGUGAGCACUAGGGUGAUGACCAUGAUGGUUUGCAUGCGCAUGCUUCAUAGAAUAGAAUGUCAUGUUUGCAUAGGUAUCAUACACACAUGGAGAAGGAAAGCCAAAUAGUCGAAUUGGAUGAUUCUUACAAAAGCAAUGGAUAAAUAGAACCAAAAUAGUAUAAGUAGAAAGAGAUUUUGAUUGUGGAUUGAGUGGCAUCAAUUACUGGAUUGUUAUGAUAAUAAUGAUAAUAAACAUGCGUCAUACAUUUCAUGUCAUGCUUGCAUGACCAUCAUAUGCACACAGCAACAAGCAUACGUACAUGCAUGCACAUAGAGAGAGAAUACCAGACAAGGGUCGAAGUCAGAAGUUCAUACCUCAUAGGCAUCCUAUAUUAUAUAUAUAUAUAUAUAAUCUACAGAUAUAGGCACACAAACACACACACACAGACACAAAUAUAUUAUAUAUAUACACACACACGACUCGGAUACUUGUAUAAAAGGGAGAUAAACGGGCUAAUAAGUUCCGUUAUGGGUUGUUAAGACAAAAGAGAAAAUGACAGAUGAAGAUCGUUUAUUGCCAAUAGCCAAUGUGGGGAGACUAAUGAAGCAACUUCUACCAGCAAAUGCAAAAAUCUCAAAAGAAGCAAAGCUAACAAUGCAAGAAUGUGCAACUGAGUUCAUAAGCUUUGUUACCUGUGAGGCCUCUGACAAGUGUCACAAGGAGAAUCGGAAGACGGUGAAUGGAGACGACAUCUGUUGGGCACUUAGUACUCUCGGCCUCGACAACUAUGCCGAUGCCAUGGGAAGGUAUCUGCAUAAUUACCGAGAAGCUGAACGAGAGCGAGCCGAACAAAGCAGAGUUAAUGAAGACAUCAGGAGAGAUGAAGAGGAAGAACCAAACAGUAGAAGUGAGCUGCAGAAUCAGCAGAUAGAGGGCAGCUCAUCACACACACAAGCGGCGUGA